ACCAGCUACUGUAUGAUACCACGAGAAUCUCUACCAAACGCAACUAUAUGAAACCUUAACAUGCAAAUGACAUCAACCACAAACGGUGCAAGGAGAAAAUGGAAACUUCCUGUUUGGCUUGCAAUCUGUUUCUCUGUUACACCGAAGGUUGAAUUUCCCAUACAAGCACGCCAUAGUGCCAAAACUAAAAGCAGCACACGAUCUGAAACACAGAGCAUGUGCAAAGGCAAUCUCCCACCGGUUAAGCAUGUGGCAGUGAACAGCAAUGUCAAUGUGCCCUGCCCUGUACUCAGUGCAACAGAAAUGGACUUCAAAUUAUUUAAAGGCCCAGACAUGGUCACCUCCAUUUCUAUCAAGAUAAAUGAUACAUCCAACAACAUAAAUUGCAAGAGCCCAGAUUUCCCAGCCAAUCUCAGUGUUAAUGUUAUGGAUAACAGGACCAGUUUCAUCCUGCUUGGUGUGACUACGAAUUUUACAGACCUGUACACCUGUGAGGCCGAGAUAAACUAUCCUCCUCCAUUUAAGAAAGUGCCAUACACACCACAAACUAUUGUGUUUGUUGAAGAGAGUCAAGUUAAAAGGUGUGAUCUCUGUCAACACGAGAUUCACCUGCUUUGGUGGGUCGUGUUUGGAGUCAUGGCCAUAUAUGGGCUGGUGAUGACUUGCAUCGUUUUCUUUUUGAGGAACAAGUGCAGUCAAAUUGAUACUCCCUUCAAGGACAGAGAAUGCAGACGGAAAUGGCAGGGGGUUCAACAUCCAACCUGGCAGGGUUUUUACAUAGACACUGUAGUAUGAGCCUGUCUGACAAAAUUCCACGAGACCUGCCCAAUUAGACCUGCCAUCAAAUCAUACAGCCUUGUUUUAAAAAGGGCACAUAGCAUUGGUGACAUCCUGAGAAAGAUCCAACUACAUUUGUUUUUUUAUUCAUUGUUUUAUACUUUCAUUUAACCUACUAUUACAUGUAGCUAAAAUAUUAUUAGCCUUGCUGGCAUGUCUGUGUUUUUUUU